AUGAAUAUUAACAAUAUUAUGUCAUCGUCGUGCGAUUUAUUCAGAAAAGGAAAGUUUACAGAUUGCUGCAACCUUAUUCAACAUACAGUUGAUAAUUAUAAUUUACAAAAAAUUACUGCAGUUGACGAAGUUGAGUUUAUCAUACUUAGAAAUAAUUUACUUGUUUGCAAUUCUCUGAGGAUUUUACCAGAAAUUAGUACAGAGUAUGUUAGCAAGAUGACUGAAUUUAUAAAUAUUUCUCAAUUAUAUUUAUAUGAGAAACAUAUUCCAUUAGAGCUGCGGAUUAAUUUUGUUUAUAAUGCUUUGCAUUGGUAUUGGUUGAAACCAGCUGACAUUCCUGAUUAUUGUUAUAAUAAAAUAUUAACAUUAGUCAGUGAAUCAUUGCACGAAGUAUUAUAUGAAAACGGAAAAAGUACUGUGAAUUUUGGAUUACAUGUUGGCAACGAACAAGAUAUACUUAAUAGCCUAGAAUGCUUGGCUAAUAGGUUCCUUAGUUUAGAGCCAAUAUUGGUUGUUCAAUGUUUGGAAAUUUCACAGAUAUUAUUAUUAAUUUUUUUGUCUCGACGCAGUUUUACUUCACUCUUAGUACAUUUUACAAUGGAGUUGAUAGAUAAAAUCAAAACUAUUACAUGUGCUUUUAAACUUAAAAAAUCAAGUCAUGUUGCUGAUUGUUUUAAAUUAGGACUAUCAAAAAUAAAUGUUUUUCUUAACACAGAGCACAUUAAAACAACAAUUAUUAUUGGGCAUGUAUCCUUGUGUAUAGGACACAUUUUAGAAAAUCAACAUCAACAAGCCUUGUGCACACUGAACAAAAUGGACCAAUACUUGAAUCAAAAUGAUGAAUAUUUUUGUUUGAUAUGUUAUUUAAAAGCUCUUGCAAAUUUCAAUUUAGAUGAGCUUGAAAUGGCAUUGUGUUAUUUAUCUCAAAUGGUUGAAUGUCCAAUGGAAUUUUUUAUUAAGUCAAGGUGUUAUUUAUUGCUAGGAAGAACUCAUUCAAAAAUAGGCAAUAGUGAAUUGGCAAUACAGUCAUUUGAGAAAUUAAAAGGAUCAGAGUUUAAUAAUAUAGCAGCUUAUUACAUGUCACAGCAUUAUGAAAUGAACAACAUGCAGUUUAUGCAAAUGGUGGUGUUGGAACAGGCAAUUAAGGGAGAUUUUGAUGGACAUAAUAGACAGGAAGAAUUAUCCAACAGUUUCAUUACAAAAGUACUUAUUAUUUUACAUCCACAACCGGAUUUGACUGAAAGGCAAUUACUUUAUUUGGCGGCAAAAAAAAAAUAUGAGCAGACUAACUAUAAACUAGCAGCUUCUACUUAUUUAAAUCUUUUGGAAUUGAAUGAGGUUGAUCAAUAUAUUUCUGACUUAGUAACAAUUCCACCAAUGUUUAUGCUUAAACAUGAAGCGGCUGUUGCUCUUUUAAAAGCUCAUAAACUAGAAGAAUCUUUUAAACUGUGCCAAUUAUUAGUUGAAGAAUAUGAACCAGGAUACGGUAUGUGGAAGAGUGAUUCAUUUUGGGCUGAUGAACUGAAUGAUUACAAUUUUAAUGUGAUUGGAACUAUGUUAUUGGCUGAAACAGGUUUCAAUAAAAAUACUGAUGUAGUUUUGGAAGCACUAAACAAGUCUUUCAAUUGUCUGUAUGCAAAAAUCAGUUUUGAUUUUGUGACUGAACGUAGUAACCACAAUGAAAAUAUUACUACUUUACGACGAAUCCUCAUUGGUAAAAUAUUAUUACUUAAAGCUACAGUUUUGAGUAAGUUAAAUAAAGAAAAGGACUGUGAAGCUGCAUUUAAAAAGGCACUUUCAUAUAAUGCGGGAGAUGAAGAUAUUGUGUAUUUAUAUUCAAAAUGGUUGGAACAUAAAGGGAAGUUAUCAGAAUCAAUGAAGGUUCGUGAUCAAUUCGAUCGAAACAAAGUUAAUACAAUUAUGUGUGAUAAUAUUGUUAUGACUUUUGUAUUGGAAAAUAAGCAUGGCCUCGAAGACACAAUAAUUGGUGAAGAUGUGAUGGAUGACUUGUUUGCUAGCACUGAUGAUAAACCAAUGGAUCUAGACAAUGAAAUGGAUCCAGCUGAUGAUGAUAUUUUUAAUAACUUGUUUUUGGAUUAAAAUAAAUAAAAAAAAAGAUACUUGUUGUAAUUUGUAUAUUUGUUAUUUGUUUGAGUAUUGUAACUGAAAAUUACAUGUUUUUGGGUAGUACUAGGACGAUCAUAUUAAUGUAUACAAAUAAAAGAAAAGCUAUUUUAGGAAUUUUGGCUUAAUUCUAAAAAAAAUUUAUAAUUUUAUAGUGAUUUUUAUUUUUUUUUAGAAGAUGGUCUGUUUUGUGAGGUCAUCUCUAU